AACACCCUGGAGUUCCGAAGAUCAGUGGCUUGGGAGGGUGGGCAGUUUAUUGUCCCAUACAUAAUCUCCAUCGGCCCAUUGGCAUUCUUCAGUGGAUAACUGGCCUUUCCUCAGCCUUACGAUGAUUGCCAUGUAAACACAGAUUCAAGCUCCUCUACUUUCUGACCAGAUUAGCAGCCCUUGACCCCUCUUAACAAACUUCUGGACUGCCUCCCCAGUGACAGAGGGUAUCCAGGCAUGGAGUGGGGUGGGGACUGGAAGGUUCUCUUCUCAAUCCUGCUAGGUUAAUACUUGUGAUUUUCACUAGAGUUCACUUUGUAAUGUGUGUCUCUGACUCCAGAAUUUCGAGUUCCACUUAGUGACGCCUAACUGAAGAUGGCUUCCAAGUGAGGUGACAGAAGAGAUUUGAGCUUCAGAGUGCAGUUGCAAGGCUUUUUUUUUUUUUUCUGAGCUGAACAAUGGCUGUAGCUGUGGACCAACAAGUCCAGACUCCACAAGUACAAGAUCUUGAAAUAGUGAAACUGGAAGAAGAUUCCCACUGGGAGCAGGAAAUUUCCCUUCAAGGGAAUGACUCUGGCCCAGAGAUAUCCCGCCAGAGCUCUUGGCAUUUUUGCUAUCAAGAAGCAUCAGGACCCCGGGAGGCCCUCAACCAACUCUGGAAGCUCUGUCACCAGUGGCUGAGACCAGAAAAGUGUGCAAAAGAGCAAAUCCUAGAGUUGCUAGUCCUGGAACAGUUCCUGACUGUCCUUCCCCCGGAGACCCAAAUCUGGGUUAGACCACAACAUCCAGAGAGUGGCGAGGAAGCCGUGGCUCUGGUAGAAGACUUACAGGAAGAGCUUGGAAGACAGAGGCUGCAAGAGCUGAUGACAUUUGGUGAUGUGGCUGUAUGUCUCCCAGGAGGUACUGAGGCAACUAGAACCUGGACAGAAGAACCACCUAGAAGUAACUUGGCAGAACUCUGCAAAGGGGGUCUUGCUAGGAUUGGUGGCUUUAUAAGAGCAAGAGGUCUCAAUCCCCAACCGCCAGCCACAGCACAUACAGAGAAGAGGUCACGUAAGCACAGAGCAAGAUGGUGGCGCCUACAAACCACGAGAAGCCUCACAAUGAAACCUACCUUCCCAGCCUUCAAAACUAUGAGAAAUAAAUUCGUUUGUUUCAGCUACCCAGUCUGUGGCAUUUUGUUAUGUCAGCCCUAGCUAAGGAAUACACCAAGCAUACCCAAUUGAUAGCCAAGAUAUUAGAGCCCAUAAUGGUUACAGAGUUUGUGUUUGGCGUGAUAAAAAGUUUUAGAAAUAGAUGGUGGUAAUGGUUGUACAACUUUGUGAAUGUAAUUAAUGUUACUGGAUUGCACACU